GCCGCUCCGUGCAGCUCUGCGCCCCCCCCGCGGGCGGUGCCUGCGCUUGCCCCGCCCCCUCGGGCGAGGCCCCGCCCCCGGCGCCGCCCCGGCCCGCGUGUCCCCGCGGCUGCAGCGACCAGGGCCGGUGCGAGCGGGGCCGCUGCCGCUGCUUCCCGGGCUGGAGCGGCCCCGACUGCGGCACGGCCGCCUGCGCGCCCGGCUGGGGCGGCGCCCGCUGCCACGUGGAGGUGCCCUGGGUGUCACCCCGCCUGGCCUCCCGCACGCCGACGUCGCUGCGCAUCACCUGGGGCCAGCCCCCGGUGCCACCCGACGGCUACCGGGUGACACUGGUGCCACUGGAUGACCCGGUGGCCAUGACGACGCACGAGCUGCCCAGCUCCGCCGUCGCCUUCUCGGUGACAGGGCUGUCCCCAGGCCGCCCCUUCGAGCUGCUGGUGCAGGCCCGGCGGGGGCCGCACCUGGGGGCACCCGGGGUCCUGCGGCUGCGCACAGCGCUCACCCCGUCCGUGCCCCACCACGAGGGGUCCCCGGGGUCACCUCAGGGCUCCCUGGGGUCCCCAGCAGUGGCACCAUCAGCCCGAGGAGCCCCAGAGUCCCCAGGGUCCCCAGGGUCACCGGUGUCACCCCUGUCGCCAGACUUGUCCCUGGGGUCACCCGGGUCCUUGGGGUCACCAGCAUCUCCCAAGGUUCCAGCAUCUCCAGCAGCUCGAGGGUCCCUGGGAUCGCCAGCUCCCGCGAGGUCACCGGUGCCACCAGAGCGCCCAGGGUCACCGGUGCCACCAGAGUCCCCAGGGUCACCAGUGUCACCAGAGUCCCCAGGGUCACCUGACCUGGUGGCCCGGCUGUCCCCGUACGGUGGCUCCCUGCUGCAGCGUCUCGAGAGCCACCUCCGGGCCACCAAGUUCCCUCUGCGUGGCAACCAGACGGUGCCGGGGGUGGCCCGUGCCAUCCUGGCCUACAUCCUGCGGCGGCACCCGGGGGACGGUGGAAACCAGGUGGAAGUGCUGGAAUGGGGGGACUUGGACAGGAUGAAGGUGACGGAGCCAUGGAGGGACGUGAGGAAAACAGUCAAACCAGAGCCAGAAGAGCAGCGUCCAUCCCGGCCAGCCCUGGGUGACCUGAGGGUCUCGAGUGUCACGCCCAGCUCUGUGCAGCUGCACUGGAGCGUCCCCCAGGGCUCCUUUGACUCCUUCACGCUGCAGUACCGGGAUGCCCAGGGCCAGCCCCAGGCCCUGCCCAUCGAUGGCGGGUCCCGCUCGGUGACAGUGCCAGGGCUGUCCCCGUCCCGCCGGUACCGCUUCCACCUCUACGGGCUGAGGGGUGAGAAGAGGAUCGACCGUGUCUCCAUUGAUGUCAUCACAGCUGCAGAAGAGCCAGAGGAGCAGAACUUGCCCUCAGAGGAGCCCCAACAGGAGAAACCCCAAACUGAGCCCCCAGCAUCAGAGUCAUUCCCAGCAGGAGCAGAGCUGGGGGAGCUGAGGGUCUCGAGUGUCACGCCCAGCUCUGUGCAGCUGCACUGGAGCGUCCCCGAAGGCUCCUUUGACUCCUUCACGCUGCAGUACCGGGAUGCCCAGGGCCAGCCCCAGGCCCUGCCCAUCGAUGGCGGGUCCCGCUCGGUGACAGUGCCAGGGCUGUCCCCGUCCCGCCGGUACCGCUUCCACCUCUACGGGCUGAGGGGCAGGAAGAAGAUCAACCAUGUGUCCACCGAGGUCAUGACGGCCACUGAAGAACCCUUGCCCUCAGAGGAGCGUCAAGUUGAAAUGCCCCAAACAGAGUCCCCGGCACCUGAGGCACCCCCAGCACAGGCAGUGCUGGAAGACCUGAGGGUCUCGAGUGUCACGCCCAGCUCUGUGCAGCUGCACUGGAGCGUCCCCCAGGGCUCCUUUGACUCCUUCACGCUGCAGUACCGGGAUGCCCAGGGCCAGCCCCAGGCCCUGCCCAUCGAUGGCGGGUCCCGCUCGGUGACAGUGCCAGGGCUGUCCCCGUCCCGCCGGUACCGCUUCCACCUCUACGGGCUGAGGGGCAGGAAGAAGAUCGACCAUGUGUCCACCGAGGCUGUGACGGAUGAGGGAGAAGGUCAGAGGGCACUCCCAGCAAGAGCAGAGCUGGGGGAGCUGAGGGUCUCGAGUGUCACAUCCAGCUCUGUGCAGCUGCACUGGAGCGUCCCCGAGGGCUCCUUUGACUCCUUCACGCUGCAGUACCGGGAUGCCCAGGGCCAGCCCCAGGCCCUGCCCAUCGAUGGCGGGUCCCGCUCGGUGACAGUGCCAGGGCUGUCCCCGUCUCGCCGGUACCGCUUCCACCUCUACGGGCUGAGGGGCAGGAAGAAGAUCGACCAUGUGUCCACCGAGGUCAUCACGGGAGCUGCAGAAGAGCCAGAGGAACAGCCCCUGCCCACAGAGGAACCGCAGCAUGAGAAACCCCAAACUGAGUCCCCCACACCUGAGGCCACUCCAGCACUGGAAGACCUGAGGGUGUCUGGUGUCACAUCCAGCUCUGUGCAGCUGCACUGGAGCGUCCCCGAGGGCUCCUUUGACUCCUUCACGCUGCAGUACCGGGAUGCCCAGGGCCAGCCCCAGGCCCUGCCCAUCGAUGGCGGGUCCCGCUCGGUGACAGUGCCAGGGCUGUCCCCGUCCCGCCGGUACCUCUUCCACCUCUACGGGCUGAGGGGCAGGAAGAAGAUUAUCCACAUUUCAACCGAGGUCAUGACAGGAGCUGCAGAAGAGCCAGAGGAACUGCCCAUGCCAACAGAGGAACCGCAGCAUGAGAAACCCCAUACUGAGGCCCCCACACCUGAGGCCACUCCAGCACUGGAAGACCUGAGGGUGUCUGGUGUCACAUCCAACUCUGUGCAGCUGCACUGGAGCGUCCCCCAGGGCUCCUUUGACUCCUUCACGCUGCAGUACCGGGAUGCCCAGGGCCUGCCCCAGGCCCUGCCCAUCGAUGGCGGGUCCCGCUCGGUGACAGUGCCAGGGCUGUCCCCGUCCCGCCUGUACCGCUUCCACCUCUACGGGCUGAGGGGCAGGAAGAAGAUCGACCAUGUCUCCACCGAGGCUGUGACAGCCAUGGAAGAACCCCUGCCCUCAGAGGAACCGCAGCAUGAGAAACCCCAAACUGAGUCCCCAGCAUCUGAGGCCACCCCAGCACUGGAAGACCUGAGGGUGUCUGGUGUCACAUCCAACUCUGUGGAGCUGCACUGGAGCGUCCCCCAGGGCUCCUUUGACUCCUUCACGCUGCAGUACCGGGAUGCCCAGGGCCAGCCCCAGGCCCUGCCCAUCGAUGGUGGGUCCCGCUCGGUGACAGUGCCAGGGCUGUCCCCAUCCCGCCGGUACCGCUUCCACCUCUACGGACUGAGGAGAGGCAAAAGGAUUGACCGUGUGUCCACCGAGGCUGUGACAGGAGCUGCAGAAGAGCCAGAGGAACAGCCCCUGCCCACAGAGGAACCGCAGCAUGAGAAACCCCAAACUGAGUCCCCCACACCUGAGGCCACUCCAGCACUGGAAGACCUGAGGGUGUCUGGUGUCACAUCCAGCUCUGUGCAGCUGCACUGGAGCGUCCCCGAGGGCUCCUUUGACUCCUUCACGCUGCAGUACCGGGAUGCCCAGGGCCAGCCCCAGGCCCUGCCCAUCGAUGGCGGGUCCCGCUCGGUGACAGUGCCAGGGCUGUCCCCGUCCCGCCGGUACCUCUUCCACCUCUACGGGCUGAGGGGCAGGAAGAAGAUUAUCCACAUUUCAACCGAGGUCAUGACAGGAGCUGCAGAAGAGCCAGAGGAACUGCCCAUGCCAACAGAGGAACCGCAGCAUGAGAAACCCCAUACUGAGGCCCCCACACCUGAGGCCACUCCAGCACUGGAAGACCUGAGGGUGUCUGGUGUCACAUCCAACUCUGUGCAGCUGCACUGGAGCGUCCCCCAGGGCUCCUUUGACUCCUUCACGCUGCAGUACCGGGAUGCCCAGGGCCUGCCCCAGGCCCUGCCCAUCGAUGGCGGGUCCCGCUCGGUGACAGUGCCAGGGCUGUCCCCGUCCCGCCUGUACCGCUUCCACCUCUACGGGCUGAGGGGCAGGAAGAAGAUCGACCAUGUCUCCACCGAGGCUGUGACAGCCAUGGAAGAACCCCUGCCCUCAGAGGAACCGCAGCAUGAGAAACCCCAAACUGAGUCCCCAGCAUCUGAGGCCACCCCAGCACUGGAAGACCUGAGGGUGUCUGGUGUCACAUCCAACUCUGUGGAGCUGCACUGGAGCGUCCCCCAGGGCUCCUUUGACUCCUUCACGCUGCAGUACCGGGAUGCCCAGGGCCAGCCCCAGGCCCUGCCCAUCGAUGGUGGGUCCCGCUCGGUGACAGUGCCAGGGCUGUCCCCAUCCCGCCGGUACCGCUUCCACCUCUACGGACUGAGGAGAGGCAAAAGGAUUGACCGUGUGUCCACCGAGGCUGUGACAGGUGAGGGGGAAGGUCAGAGCGAUGGAAGGAUCACAAAAUGGAGACCUCUAGGCAUCCCAUGCCCAUCACAUACCCAGCAGCAGGCACCCGUUGACUCAGCACCAUCUGAUCAACCAUCAACCCUUCCACCAACCCAUUGUCUGGCACCUCCCAUCAUCCAUCAUCCACCACCACCCAGCAGGAACCAUCAAUUACCCAUCGUCAUCCAUCCCACUGAAGAACCCUUGCCCUCAGAGGAGCCUCAAGUGGAAAAGCCCCAAACGGAGUCCCCGGCACCUGAGGCACUCCCAGCAAGAGCAGAGCUGGGGGACCUGAGGGUCUCCAGUGUCACAUCCAACUCUGUGGAGCUGCAGUGGAGCGUCCCUGAAGGAUCGUUUGACUCCUUCCUGCUGCAGUACCGGGAUGCCCAGGGCCAGCUCCAAGGAAGGAAGAAGAUCGACUGUGUGUCCACCGAUGUCAUGACAGGAGCUGCAGAAGAGCCAGAGGAACUGCCCCUGUCCACAAAGGAACCACAGCAGGAGAAACCCCAUACUGAGGCCCCCACACCUGAGGCACUCCCAGCAAGAGCAGAGCUGGGGGAGCUGAGGGUCUCGAGUGUCACACCCAGCUCUGUGCAGCUGCACUGGAGCAUCCCCCAGGGCUCCUUUGACUCCUUCACGCUGCAGUACCGGGAUGCCCAGGGCCAGUCCCAGGCCCUGCCCAUCGAUGGCGGGUCCCGCUCGGUGACAGUGCCAGGGCUGUCCCCGUCCCGCCGGUACCGCUUCCACCUCUACGGGCUGAGGGGCAGGAAGAAGAUCGACCAUGUGUCCACCGAGGUCAUCACGGGAGCUGCAGAAGAGCCAGAGGAACAGCCCCUGCCCACAGAGGAACCACAGCAGGAGAAACCCCAAACUGAGGCCCCCACACCUGAGGCACUCCCAGCAAGAGCAGAGCUGGGGGAGCUGAGGGUCUCGAGUGUCACGCCCAGCUCUGUGCAGCUGCACUGGAGCGUCCCCCAGGGCUCCUUUGACUCCUUCACGCUGCAGUACCGGGAUGCCCAGGGCCAGCCCCAGGCCCUGCCCAUCGAUGGCGGGUCCCGCUCGGUGACAGUGCCAGGGCUGUCCCCGUCCCGCCGGUACCGCUUCCACCUCUACGGGCUGAGGGGAGGCAAAAGGAUUGAGCGUGUCUCCACCGACACUGUCACAGCCACUGAAGAACCCUUGCCCUCAGAGGAGCCUCAAGUGGAAAAGCCCCAAACGGAGUCCCCGGCACCUGAGGCACUCCCAGCAAGAGCAGAGCUGGGGGACCUGAGGGUCUCCAGUGUCACAUCCAACUCUGUGGGGCUGCAGUGGAGCGUCCCUGAAGGAUCGUUUGACUCCUUCACGCUGCAGUACCGGGAUGCCCAGGGCCAGCUCCAAGCCCUGCCCAUCGAUGGCGGGUCCCGCUCGGUGACAGUGCCAGGGCUCUCCCCUUCUCAGUGGUACCGCUUCCACCUCUGUGGUUUGCAGGGAAGGAAGAAGAUCGACUGUGUGUCCACCGAUGUCAUGACAGGAGCUGCAGAAGAGCCAGAGGAACAGCCCCGGCCCACAGAGGAACCACAGCAGGAGAAACCCCAAACUGAGGCCCCCACACCUGAGGCACUCCCAGCAAGAGCAGAGCUGGGGGAGCUGAGGGUCUCGAGUGUCACGCCCAGCUCUGUGCAGCUGCACUGGAGCGUCCCCCAGGGCUCCUUUGACUCCUUCACGCUGCAGUACCGGGAUGCCCAGGGCCAGCCCCAGGCCCUGCCCAUCGAUGGCGGGUCCCGCUCGGUGACAGUGCCAGGGCUGUCCCUGUCCCGCCGGUACCGCUUCCACCUCUACGGGCUGAGGGGCAGGAAGAAGAUCGACCAUGUGUCCACCGAGGUCAUCACGGGUAAGGGAGAAGUUCAAGAGGAGGAAGGCCGGGUGGAUGAAUGGAUGAAGAAUAAUGGAUAUAUGAGGGAUGAAGGAAUGUUGCCAGGGCUGUCCCCAUCCCGCCGGUACCGCUUCCACCUCUACGGACUGAGGGGAGGCAGAAGAAUUGAGCGUGUCUCCACCGACACUGUCACAGGAGCUGCAGAAGAGCCAGAGGAGCGGCCCCUGCCCACAGAGGGACCGCAGCAGGAGAAUCCCCAAACUGAGGCCCCCACACCUGAGGCCACCCCAGCACUGGAAGACCUGAGGGUGUCUGGUGUCACAUCCAAUUCUGUGGAGCUACAGUGGAGCGUCCCCCAGGGCUCCUUUGACUCCUUCACGCUGCAGUACCGGGAUGCCCAGGGCCAGCCCCAGGGAAGGAAGAAGAUUGACCGUGUGUCCACCGAUGUCAUGACAGGAGCAGCAGAAGAGCCAGAGGAACUGCCCCUGUCCACAAAGGAACCACAGCAGGAGAAACCCCAAACUGAGGCCCCCACAUCUGAGGCCACUCCAGCACUGGAAGACCUGAGGGUGUCUGGUGUCACAUCCAACUCUGUGCAGCUGCACUGGAGCGUCCCCGAGGGCUCCUUUGACUCCUUCACGCUGCAGUACCGGGAUGCCCAGGGCCAGCCCCAGGCCCUGCCCAUCGAUGGCGGGUCCCGCUCGGUGACAGUGCCAGGGCUGUCCCCGUCCCGCCGGUACCGCUUCCACCUCUACGGGCUGAGGGGCAGGAAGAAGAUCGACCAUGUGUCCACCGAGGUCAUCACGGGUGAGGGAGAAGGUCAAGAGGAGGAAGGCCGGGUGGAUGAAUGGAUGAAGAAUAAUGGAUAUAUGAGGAGAUGGAGGGCUGAAGGAAUGUGGGGAAGGUCACAGGGAUGGAAGGAUCACAAAAUGGACACAUCAAGGGAUGCCCAUCACACGCCCACCAACCAGCAGCUAUUGACUCAGCACCAUCUGGUCAACCAUCAACCCUUCCACCAACCCAACGACCAGCACCUCCCAUCAUCCAUCAUUCACCAGCAGCAGCCGGAACCAUCAAUUAUCAAUUUUCAUCCAUCAUCUUCAUCUACCAUGAAUCCCCAUCAUCGUCAUCCAUCAAUUUUCAUGAAUCCAUCCAUCCUGCCAUGCUUCCCUCAUCCUCUGUCCAUCAAGGAUGGUUUCAGUGAUAAAUCAAUGGAAGCCAGCGAAGAACCCUUGCCCUCAGAGGAGCCUCAAGUGGAAAAGCCGCAAACUGAGUCCCUGUCACCCGAGGCACUCCCAGCAAGAGCAGAGCUGGGGGAGCUGAGGGUCUCCAGUGUCACACCCAGCUCUGUGGAGCUACAGUGGAGCGUCCCCGAGGGCUCCUUUGACUCCUUCACGCUGCAGUACCGGGAUGCCCAGGGCCAGCCCCAGGCCCUGCCCAUCGAUGGCGAGUCCCGCUCGGUGACAGUGCCAGGGCUGUCCCCGUCCCGCCGGUACCGCUUCCAACUCUACGGGUUACAAAGUGGCAAAAGGAUUGACCACGUGUCCACUGAUGUCGUGACAGAUGCAGCAGUUCCAGAGCAGCUGCCCCUACCCUCACAGGAGCCCCAACUUGAAGACCACAACCCUGAGCAGCCCCAAACUGAGUCCAGCCAGGGACAGGUGGUGCUGGGUGACCUGAGGGUUUCGAGUGUCACGCCCAGCUCUGUGCAGCUGCACUGGAGCGUCCCCCAGGGCUCCUUUGACUCCUUCACGCUGCAGUACCGGGAUGCCCAGGGCCAGCCCCAGGCCCUGCCCAUCGAUGGCGGGUCCCGCUCGGUGACAGUGCCAGGGCUGUCCCCGUCCCGCCGGUACCGCUUCCACCUCUACGGGCUGAGGGGCAGGAAGAAGAUCGACCAUGUGUCCACCGAGGCUGUGACAGCUGACCCAGAGGAUCUGUCCCCACCCUCAAUGGACACCCCAACUGGCGGCCCCCCAGAUGAGGAUCACGACACUGCACAUCCCCAAACUGAGGCCCCUCCAUCUGCAGCCCCUCCGGCACAGGCGGUGCUGGAAGACCUGAGGGUCUCGAGUGUCACGCCCAGCUCUGUGCAGCUGCACUGGAGCGUCCCCCAGGGCUCCUUUGACUCCUUCACUCUGCAGUACCGGGAUGCCCAGGGCCAGCCCCAGGCCCUGCCCAUCGAUGGCGGGUCCCGCUCGGUGACAGUGCCAGGGCUGUCCCCGUCCCGCCGGUACCGCUUCCACCUCUACGGGCUGAGGGGCAGGAAGAAGAUCGACCAUGUGUCCACCGAGGCUGUGACAGCUGACCCAGAGGAUCUGUCCCCACCCUCAAUGGACACCCCAACUGGGGGCCCCCCAGAUGAGGAUCACGACACUGCACAUCCCCAAACUGAGGCCCCUCCAUCUGCAGCCCGCCCGGCACAGGCGGUGCUGGAAGACCUGAGGGUCUCGAGUGUCACGCCCAGCUCUGUGGAGCUGCACUGGAGCGUCCCCCAGGGCUCCUUUGACUCCUUCACGCUGCAGUACCGGGAUGCCCAGGGCCAGCCCCAGGCCCUGCCCAUCGAUGGCGGGUCCCGCUCGGUGACAGUGCCAGGGCUGUCCCCGUCCCGCCGGUACCGCUUCCACCUCUACGGGCUGAGGGGCAGGAAGAAGAUCGACCAUGUGUCCACCGAGGCUGUGACAGCCAACUUGGAUGAGCCACCCAUGCCUUCAGCACAUCUCCAACCUGCGGAACCCCAACCUAAAGAUCCCCCAGCUGGGUCCCCAUCAAGUGACACCGCCCCGACCCGGGCAGUGCUGGGUGACCUGAGGGUCUCAAGUGUCACGCCCAGCUCUGUGCAGCUGCACUGGAGCGUCCCCCAGGGCUCCUUUGACUCCUUCACGCUGCAGUACCGGGAUGCCCAGGGCCAGCCCCAGGCCCUGCCCAUCGAUGGCGGGUCCCGCUCGGUGACAGUGCCAGGGCUGUCCCUGUCCCGCCGGUACCGCUUCCACCUCUACGGGCUGAGGGGCAGGAAGAAGAUCGACCAUGUGUCCACCGAGGUCAUCACGGGAGCUGCAGAAGAGCCAGAGGAACAGCCCCUGCCCACAGAGGAACCGCAGCAGGAGAAACCCCAAACUGAGGCCCCCACACCUGAGGCCACUCCAGCACUGGAAGACCUGAGGGUGUCUGGUGUCACAUCCAACUCUGUGGAGCUGCACUGGAGCGUCCCCCAGGGCUCCUUUGACUCCUUCACGCUGCAGUACCGGGAUGCCCAGGGCCAGCCCCAGGCCCUGCCCAUCGAUGGCGGGUCCCGCUCGGUGACAGUGCCAGGGCUGUCCCCGUCCCGCCGGUACCGCUUCCACCUCUACGGGCUGAGGGGUGGCACCAGGACCGAGCACGUCUCCACCGAGGCCGUCACUGGCACCCCCGGCAGCCUCAGGGUGGACUCCGUGUGGCCCCGCAGCGCCCGAGUGCUCUGGGAGCCCCAGCCCGGCCCCAGCGACGGCUUCGAGCUGGAGUACGGCCCCACCGGGGGACCCCAAAAGGUAACGGGACCCCAAAAACCCCAAAUGGCCCCAAAAAGGACCCCAAAAACCCCAAAAUGGAACCAGGAAGGAUCCCCAAAAAGGAUCCCCAAAAAGCCCAGAACG